AUGUCUUCCUGGCCUCCGAAUGAGCCUAAAACACUGGGUAGAACAAGAGGCUCCAUCAAUGCGCCUAUAGCUGCUUUCACUAUGGCGGUGAUUCUCUGCUCAUACUGCUUCAGCUCCAUCCGUACGGCGCGACGUGAGGCACAAGAUUCGCCAGGGAUGCCCAGCUCGCAACAACGGGUAUCGGGUCGAGCAGAUCGGGAUUCCUCAUGGAUGAAAGAAGCUCUGGAAGAGAGUCGUGGGGGAAAAUCAGGUUGA